UUUAAUUCCAAUGUUUUUGACAGGGGGAUAGACACUUGAAUCAUUUGAUUCGUUUUCAUUUUCGAGUUUUUCAGAAUCUUUUCGAAUCAUUUGAAAUCUUUUGAAUUUUUUUUGAAAUCUUUUGUUAUAUCUCGCUUGAUCGCAGUAAAAUCCCGCCCAUGCUUUCGUUUCAGUGUAUACGCAAUACAUCUGUCAAAAUUUUCCCAUUAUGGUGUCAUCGCAAAAAAUGUUGUGAAGUGCAAGAUAACACUGAAUCAACAAUUCGACGCCACAAUACACGGUCCGCGGCCACAUCUCUCCAUCCUCGAUUGCGCCACACGCUCGCUCAUUCUGCACCUGGUCCGCCCACCUCGCUCGCUGCGCUGCGUUCCACGCCUUCGUGUGCCUGCCGGAUCGGAAGCGAACACCAUCUUCGCAGGGUUGCUGUCCGGCAUUCUUGCAACAUGCCCUGUCCAACGUACUUUUCCGGCUUUGGUUACCUUCUGGAUACUGGGUUCGCCGUAGAACUGGACGAGCCGACACACACCGUCCUGUUGCACACCGCCAAAAGUUGUCCUAAGCACUCCGAGUGCCUCUUCGAGGAGCAUGGUCCAAGUUUCGUGCCCGUAGUAGUAGUAGUAGUAAAAUUCUUCUUUAUUUAAAACAUUUUUUGUUCUACAAUUAAUUUUAACAUGUACAGUGAUCGGCCGGUUGGCCCUCCAACUUCAAUUCCAAUUAUUGUUAUUAUUAUUAUGAUUAUAAUGUUUGACUUAAUUUUUAAAAUAUAAUGUAUCAUGACGGCCUUCAGGAGGCGCUAGUGUUUUUUAAAA